GCCUGGAACCAGCUGGUCCUGGAAUUUCAGCCUGUGACUGCAGUUGCUGAAAGACAGGCAGAGGCAGUGGGCUUCUUGCUGCUGGCGCCUCCAACAUUUGUCUUCACAGAGCGGUCUUGCGAAGAUCUGGUACUGCAGCGGAACCUGUUGACGGAAGACUUACAGACAGGCCAGCUCAGCAGCCGACCUCUCUUUUUGGAGGAUCGUCCACGGUGCGAGGUGGUGACUUCGGAAUGGCUAUCGGAAGGUGGCUACUACCAGCAUCAGCUGACUGUCUUUCUGCCUCCGCUGGUCGGCUUUAGAACAGACUUGCGCUACAAGCUGGAAGUGGCUGUGCGGAAUCCACCUGUCGCUUUGAACGACGACCUGCUGAAGCGGGCGCUUCGGGAGAAAACCUCUCCAAAGUUCUCUACGUCGCACUUCUUGUCAGCGGCCCUGAAUGUUUGGCGUGUUUGCACGUUUGUGUGGGCGGCAGGAGACACUGGCAUAGGCGACGUCCCAUUUGCGGUGGGUGGCGGCAUGGCGACCUUCGGCCGUCUUGGAGGCAUUGAGAAGAUUGACGAGGUGGCCUGGAACGGCUUCAACGUGAUGCUCAACACAUGA